AGCAAACCCUCUGAACGCUUCAGCAAAUGUGCGUGCAAAUUGAGUAAAAUAGAAACUAUUUGAUUAGAUUAUACUUCCUUGUUGUUUGGUCUGAGAGUGACAUAAAGAUGAGGAGACGUCUCUGUGAGUGGAUGAAAGAGAACGAUGGCCAACCAAAGUGGAAGCCUUCUUUUAGGAUGCGACUUGGUGAUAUGAGAAUUUAAAACGAAAACAUAUUACUGCAAUAAAUAAAUAGAAUUCAAAUUUUGUGGCUGUAACUUUUUUCUGUCGAUAAUAUUGUGUAAACAUACAGAUCACUUCAGUAAAAGUAAGUAAGUAAAAGUACAGUUAAAUACUUGAGCAUGUAAGCAGAAGUAAACAUAUUCAUUUCUUUUCUUUUUUUGCUACUUAAGCAACAGUAACAAAGCAUAAGUGAAAAGAUUACUGGAGCAUUGAGAUUUGUUUUUUUAUAGCAAGCUAAACUAAAAUAUUUAGGGCGUUUUUUAAGAACAACGCUGAAGGUAAGGUAACUCAAGUAAAAGUAAAAAGACUUCAAAAAAAAAAAACUCUGUCAGAAGUAUAUUAUUCAGAAAUAACACAAGUACAAAACAGGUGUAACCGUUCAUACCCACCUCUGCACACAUGCUCCGUUGGUCACUCGCGAGAUUCCGUAGCAUAACAAUGACGUCAUCACGGAGCGAAACUUUUGACGGCGUGCAUGCAACUACCGCGCUCCAAACAACCCAAAUAUGAUUAUGCUUCCUCGAAAUUAAAAAAAUAAGCAGCGAGGCACAACUUCUAACGUUAAAAAUGGAGGGUCUGGAGAUGUCGGCGAUGAUACCGGCUCUACAGGAGCUAGCAAGUUCCAGUGCGAGCGAUUAUGACCAAGCUGUGCAGAAACCGAGACAGAUCCUCUGCCAGUUUAUUGACAGGAUCCUGACAGAUGUGGACGUUGUUGCUAUAGGGCUGAACAAAAAAUCCUCUUCUGAACCAGCCUGCGUCAUGUUGCUGGACUUUGUGCAACAUAUAAUAAAGUCUUCGUCCCUCAUGUUUGCCAACCCGGCCUGCCGACCAGCUGAAUAUCCCGACACCACAAAGAGUUGCUCAGACUUUACCAAAUGGGUGGCAGUGCGUCUGCUCCGUGUGACCGCCGCCCCAGAUUGUGACAUCAUCCACCAGCGAGUGUCUGGCGUGCUUCGCUCUUUGCUGCACACUUUAAGAGUCAGAGCUUCAUAUAUUUUCAGCUGCCUCAUUCAGGAGUUGAUCCUGCUCGCGGAGGAUCUCAGCAACAUCCUGUACACCCAUGUUUGCUCACUCGGUGGCCCAGAGACACUUUUGUAUCACCCCAUGCCGAAUCAGUGGCCUGUCACACUGGAGCGUUUUUGUGUUUCACACCUCUCCUCCUCAUCCUACCUCACCCCAUCUCCACUGACUCUUUCCUCAUCUGCAUCUCUGGAAUCCCUCACUGUAGUCGUGAUCGACGUCAUCACUGACAGCCUGAGAGGGGUGCUGUCCCCGCGGGACCUGAGUACCCUCUGGGAGACUGGGUGUGCUAUAAUGUGUAAUGGAAACCUCCGCCUGCGUAAGGCCUGCUUGGUCAUGCUCAGAAGACUGGUGGAGCUUGGUGGCUUCCCCCAAACUCAGGGCCACGACUUCUUCACUGCCUACCUUCAUCUGCUGGAUAUACACCCUGACAUGUACGCAACAAGUUCUAAUGAGCCUUAUGAAGGGGAGCUGCUGAAUCUGACCCGCUGCCUCUUUGACUCACCGAAUGUUGCUCCCACUCACUUUGAGCAGAUCUAUCUCUCGCAGCUGUUCGAGUGCAUCUGUUCACUCGGAGAGACUGGAACCAAGAUGGGCAAAGAAAUGAUGGAAUGUUUGUGUCUCUUGUUUAAUUUCUGCCUCUCUGCUGCACAAAGUAGCAAGAGUGAGUCCGUAUUAAGAAGGCGGCGGGUUGCAGAAGUGUGCCGGAGACUAGCCUGCAGUGUUGGAACCACAAGUCAAGCUGAGUGUGUUGAAGGGUUUUUCCAAGCAGCACUUAAAUCUGAGGCUGAAAUUGUGAUGCGAGAGUUGGAUGAUGGUGAGACAGUCGCAAAGAAGUUGUGCAGAACUGCCACAAGCUCAGAUGCAGCAGUGACUGAGGUGGACAUGCGUGUCUGCAGUGAGGUCUGGGCUGUAGCCAGUAGCCGGCUGGAUGAAUUGCUGGUAUUUCUGAACUCUGAUGCCUGUCAGCCAGAGUCUGCAGAAACUCUCUCAGCUCUGCAGGGGGUGGCACUGAUCCUGCACCUGUCUGCUGCCUGUGUCUUUCCCACCAGCUCCGCACCUCUCCUCUGGGUGUCUGCUAAGACUCUCAGCUGCAUCCUAGAUAUCUGCCAGUCUCUACUGGACGGAGGCUCAAAGCCUAUUACAGAUCAUGAUUACUAUCAGGCAGUUGUCCAAACAAGCAUCCAGGCACUGGACUGUGGGCUCUACCUCACCACGAACAGCCCAAGUGAGCCUGCACUCCAGUUGCGUGUGUGUGCUCUCUUGUCGCUCCCCUGGGUGCGUGACAACAUGACUGGGUCUGCAUUUCAGAGUUGCAAGUUCCCCUCCUGGGUUUCUGUCCUGGCUCAGAGGCUCACCCCCUGUUUUUCCGCUGAAAUCCAGUCUCACUGCGUGUCUCUGUUGGCUGUGCUGGGCCGGGACGUGUGCCCGAAGUGGCGAACCUUUGUGUUUUCUGAAGCACUGCAGAGUGGAGAUGCUACCGUGAGAUCAGCAGCGGUCCAGGCCUUUCCUCUCCUCCUUCAUCACCUGGAACCUAAGCGCCACAGCAUCAUCAGCACGCAUCUCCUUCCAAAGUUGGAGGAUGACUCAGAGCUUGUGAAGAAGGAGAUAGCUAGAAUCGUUGGUCACCUCAGCUGCAUCCAGUCAGGACUUUCUGCACUCACUUCUUCCCAGUCCAAAUGUCCAGUUCUCUGCCGCCGUCUACAUCUCACUGCUCAACAUUCUGGAGACGUUGUCCCUUCACUCAAGGCGUCCUUCGUCAAACCUUUCCUUCCUCUGCUGGGUGUCAAAGCUCCCAGUGCUGUUAAACUAGCAUUCCUGGAAGGUCUCCCUCACCUCUGUCAGCAUGUGAAUCUGGUUGGAGAGGACAGCGUCUCCCGGGCAGUUUUGUCUUCUGUGUUCGGUCUGAUGGAGGAUUCUGACCCAGCGGUCCGAACUCAGUUUGGCCAGUGCGUUCGCUUCCUGUUAACAGAACCCACCAAGAGCUCCCAAGAUCAAUCUUUCUGUGAGUUCCUGGUUGCUCGACUGAAGGAGGCUUUCAACAAUGCGAGGGUUAAUGGAGAUGAUGACUUGCGCAACACUCUCAUCUUCACCACAGGAGAGAUUGGCAGAGCCUGCGAGGGAAGUUUGGUGUCCUUCUCCCUUCUUCGGCUGCUUCACUGUCUUCUGUCCAAGUCAUCGUCGGUUUCUGUGGCUGCCUACACUCAGAUCCGAGUCUUGGCUUCUGCCAAGGGACUCAAACUACAAACCCUCUUCAUUCAAUACAAGAACCCAAUUUGCCAGUUCCUCGUCGAGUCACUUCACAGCCGCCAUGCGUCAGCCCUCCGCAACUCCCAGGACCAGGGCAGUGAGUCGGCCCAUCAGAGAGAGCUGGCCCUGGACAUCCUGGCUCAGAUCGCGCACGCGUUUGACUUCCCAGACCUCCAUCGCUUUCUGUCUCGCACCCUGCAGGUCCUCCUGCCCUACCUGGCUGCGAAGGCCAGCACCACUGGCUCCGCUCUCAUCCGUACCCUGGCUAACGAACUGAAGGCAAACCGGAGAGAAAUGCUUCUCAGCAACUUCAAGUACAUUUUCAGCCAUCUGGUCUGUUCGUGCACCAAGGAGGAGCUGAAUAAGGCCUUCCACUACCUCCAGAGUGAGACGGCGAUUGAACUGGGCUCACUGCUUCGGCAAGACUUCCAGGGUCUUCACAACGAACUGCUGCUGCGCCUCGGGGAGCAAUACCAGCAGGUGUUUAACGGCCUUGCUAUUCUAGCUUCGUUUGCAUCGAUCGAUGACCCUUACCAGGGUCCCCGUGAAAUCACAACUGCUGAGCGCAUGGCGGACUAUCUUCAACCAAAGCUCCUUGGAAUUCUGGCCUUCUUCAACAUGCAGCUGCUCAGCUCCAGACCUGGAGAGAAGGACAGGAAGAAGUUGGUGUUGACCAGUGUGAUGUCUUUAAUGACACUGAUGGGAUCCAAGCACAUCAGCUCUGUGAGAGUGAAGAUGAUGACCACGCUGAGGGCAGGCCUCAGAUACAGAGAGGACUUCCCCCUGCUCUGCUGCCAAACGUGGGAGUGUUUUGUUCGAAGUGUGGAACCGACACACCUUGGUCCUCUGCUGAGUCAUGUUAUUGUGGCCCUCCUCCCGCUGAUCCCCCUGCAGCCAAAGGAAACCGCUGCUAUCAUGCGUUUUCUGAUCGUGGACAACAGGGAAGAAGUUAGCGACUUCCUUCAUGAGAUCUACUUCCUACCGGACCACCCAGAGCUGAGGGACAUCCAUACUGUCCUGCAAAACUAUAAGAAGCUGACGGCCAGCAGCAGCGACCUGGCAGCAGCUCUGCAACUAUCAAUGAGAGCCGUGCAGCAUGAGAACGUUGACGUCAGGAUUCAUGCUCUCACGAGCCUCAGAGACUUGAUGCACAGCAACCAGGAGUGGCUGCUGAGGCAGGUCUGUGCGAGUGAAGCAGUGGAGCCAGUCAUUUCCAGCCUGGUGUCGGUUCUGCUCAAGGGUUGCCAGGACUCAUCCCCAGAAGCUAGGCUGCUCUGUGGCGAGUGUCUGGGGGAGCUCGGUGCCGUGGACCCUGGACGUUUGGACCUGUCACAGACACACACUCACGGCAAUCGCAAUACUUUUGUGAGUGGAGUUGAAGAUCCAAAUUUUGCCUAUGAACUUCUUACUGAACUGACUCGAACCUUUCUGGCCAAUGCUGAUGACGUGAGAGCCCAAGACUCUGCUGCCUAUGCAAUUCAGGAACUGCUUUCGAUUUUCCAAUGCCGUGAGGCUCGAACAGACUCUCCCGGCCGCCGUCUUUGGAGGCGAUUCCCGGAGCAGAUCCAGGAAAUCCUGGAGCCUCACCUCAACAGCAGGUAUAAGAGCAGCCAGAAAUCUGUCAACUGGUCCAAACUCAAGAAGCCCUUCUACUUGAGUGAAAAAGGCAGCAAGUUCUCGGAUUGGUCAGCGACCUGGGCCGGAUACCUUAUCACCAAGGUGAGACACGAACUGGCCAGCAAGGUUUUCACCUGUUGCAGUUUCAUCAUCAAGCAUGACUACAAGGUCACCAUCUACCUGCUGCCUCACAUCCUCCUCUACAUGCUGCUGGGCAGCACCGAGACGGAGCAGCAGGAGGUGCGAGAGGAGAUGCUCUCCGUGCUGACUGAAGGGGAGGGGCAAGAUGCUGGAGCCCAGAAGACGACCUCCAGCCUCUCCCAACUCAGCACACAGACCGUCUUCAGCAUGCUGUCUCACCUCACUCAGUGGAGUCGUCACAUCCUCUACAAUAAACCUAAGAGCGGCGAGGGCGGGGACUAUGAGCGUAUGGUGGUCUUCCUGAAGGGGAUUCCUCAGGACGUCAUGGCCAAGGCUUCACUCCGCUCCAAAGCCUACACUCGUGCUCUCAUGCACUUUGAAGCCCACAUCUUAGAAAACAAAGAAAACAUCCAGGACCAUCUCACUUUCCUGCAGACCCUGUAUGCUGCAAUAGAUGAGCCUGAUGGUGUGAGAGGAGUGAAUGCUCUGCGGAGAGAAGAACCCUCACUUCGCGAGCAGAUCCUGGAGCACGAGAGCAUCGGGCUGCUCAGAGAUGCGACAGCUUGCUAUGACCGCGCCAUCCAACUGGAGUCGGACCAGAUUGGCCACUACCACGGGGUCAUGACCUCAAUGCUCGGCCUUGGUCAGCUGUCGACCGUCAUUGCGCAGGUCAACGGAGUCUUGGCCAACAGGCAGGAGUGGAAGUCGGAGUUGAACACCUACAGAGUUGAAGCUGCUUGGAAACUCGGCAAAUGGGACCUGGUCAAGGAUUACUUGAGUUCAGACCAUCAGUCCAGCAGCUGGGGGGUUAACCUCGGUCAGCUGCUUUUGUCCGCCAAGAAGCAGGACGCCAAGAGUUUCUACGAGAAGCUGAAGUCGGUCAGGAAGGAGCAGGUUGUCCCGCUGUCUGCCGCCAGCUACGAGUAUGGGACCUACCAAAGAGGUUAUGAGUACAUAGUCAGACUGCACAUGCUCAGUGAGUUGGAACACACCUUUGCUGAGCUGAAUAAGCAGAAGGAUCUCCACCAAGUCAACUUCAACCAGGUUUCCUUGCACUGGUCUGACCGGCUGGAGAUGACGCAGAAGUCCUUCAGGGCCAAGGAGCCGAUCCUGUCACUCCGUCGAGCCCUCCUCAGCCUCGGAUCCAUGCCGAUGAGCGAGGAGCUGAUAGGAGAAUCAUGGCUGCAGAGCGCUCGAGUGGCUCGCAAAGGUGGACACCACCAGACCGCCUUCAACUGCCUUCUGAAUGCUGAAAACACGCAUCGAGCUGAGCUGGUCACCGAGAAGGCCAAGUGGCUGUGGUCCAAGGGCGAUGUUCACCAGGCUCUGAUAGUCCUCCAGAAGGGCGUAGCGCAGUGUUUCUCUGACGAUCAGCACCAGACGGACGCUCGCUCCCUGCAGACCAAGGGCAAGGCUAUGCUUCUGGUGGGCCGCUUCAUGGAGGAGACGGCCAACUUUGAGUCCAAUGCCAUCAUGAAGGCGUAUAAGGAUGUCACCAGUCUGCUGCCCGAGUGGGAAGAUGGAAACUUCUACCUGGCAAAGUACUAUGACAAAGUGAUGCCCAUGGUCACUGACAACAAGCUGGAGAAGCAGGGGACCCUGAUCCGAUACAUCAUCACCUAUUUUGGAAAAGCACUGCAGUUUGGAAACCAGUACAUCUACCAGGCGAUGCCUCGCAUGCUUUCGCUCUGGUUGGAUUUUGGAGCCAAAGUUUGUGAGUGCGAAAAAGCCGGCCGAGCAGACCGACUGCUGAAACAGGACCUCAGCAAGAUCAACUCAGUCAUGACGGAGCACUACUCCAACUUGGCGCCGUACCAGUUCCUGACCGCCUUCUCCCAGCUCAUCUCCCGGGUCUGUCACUCCAGCGACGAAGUCUUCUCCAUCCUCAUGAGCAUCGUGGCCCAGGUCUUCCUGGCUUACCCCCAGCAGGCCAUGUGGUUGAUGACGGCAGUGUCCAAGUCGUCCUAUCAGAUGCGGAAAAGUCGCUGCAGUCAGAUUCUGAAAAAAGCCGUCAGUCUCAAGCCGUCGCUGGAUAAAUUCAUCGUAGAUGCCCAGAAGCUGACGGACUGGAUGCUGGAGCUGUGCAACAAGCCGGUGGACGGCAACACUACCACCCUCAGCAUGAGCGUCCACUUCAAGCCUCUGAAGCGUCUGGUGGAAGACUCCACCUUCAGCCAGAUCCUCAUCCCUCUGCAGGCCGUCCUCAUCCCCACCUUGCCCUCCACAAGUGGCGCUAACACCAACCACGACGCCUUUCCAGGACACUGGGUGUACCUGGACAGCUUUGACGACACGGUGGAGAUCCUGACCUCCUUACAGAAACCUAAGAAGAUCAGCCUGAGGGGGUCAGAUGGGCGGAGCUACACCAUGAUGUGUAAACCCAAAGAUGACCUCAGGAAGGACUGCAGGCUCAUGGAGUUCAACUGCCUCAUUAACAAGUGCCUCCGCAAAGACGCCGAGUCCAGACGAAGGGAACUACACAUCCGGACUUACGCAGUGAUUCCACUCAAUGAAGAGUGUGGGAUCAUCGAGUGGGUCAGCAACACUGCGGGACUGCGACUCAUUCUCACCAAACUCUACAAGGAGAGAGGAAUCUACUUGUCCGGUAAAGAGCUGAGGAAGUUGCUACUCCCGAAAACUGCUCCGCUGGAGGAGAAACUUCGAGUCCACAGGGACAUGCUGUGUGCUCGGCACCCUCCAGUGUUCUACGAGUGGUUUCUCCAGACGUUCCCCGACCCUACUUCAUGGUACAGCAGCCGCUCAGCGUACUGCCGCUCGACCGCCGUCAUGUCCAUGGUCGGCUACAUCCUGGGUCUGGGAGAUCGCCACGGGGAAAACAUCCUCUUUGAUUCUUUCACUGGAGAAUGUGUUCAUGUGGAUUUCAACUGUCUUUUCAACAAGGGGGAGACAUUUGACGUUCCUGAGGUGGUUCCCUUCCGACUCACCCAAAACAUGGUCCAUGCGAUGGGACCCAUGGGCACGGAAGGUCUCUUCCGUCAGGCCUGUGAGGUCACCCUGAGACUGAUGAGGGAUCAGAGGGAGCCCCUCAUGAGUGUUCUGAAGACCUUCCUGCACGACCCGCUGGUGGAGUGGAGCAAACCAAGCAAAGGCCUUUCUCGACCUCAGCCGAAUGACACCGGAGAGAUUGUGAAUGAGAAGGCCAAGACUCACGUGUGUGACAUCGAGCAGCGGCUCCAGGGGGUGAUCAAAAGCAGGAACAAAGUUCUGGGGCUCCCUCUGUCCAUCGAGGGACACGUUCACUACCUCAUUCAAGAGGCCACCGACGACAAACUGCUGUGUCAGAUGUACCUCGGCUGGGGGCCUUAUUUGUAGAUAUUUACCUGUUGCUCAUCCAGAAGUAAAGAAGCGUUGUGUUCACAA